CUCUCUCUCUCUCUCUCUUUCUCUCUCUCUCUCUCUCUCGCACACACACAAGACGCUGCUCUCCUCCAGCCAGUACGAGCGGCGGGAUACGAGCGAGCCGGCCGCUGCGAGUCGCCUCGAAAUUAGACAGUGACGUGACGCGACUCGAGAAAGAUAGACACGCCAAUGUGGGCUCUCAGAAUUUAUCACCUGCCGCAGCAGCAGCUAGUCGUCGUCCGCCAAGCGAUCCUACUGCGCCCGGUCUUUAGGAAAGUUUGAGGCUGUACUCGUGUUCUCGUCGCUCAUCGGUGGUACCGUCCCUCUAUGCCGCUGUAACACCCGACCAAUUCCCUCUUGGACCCCGUAGGAUCCUGUAGUGUCGAUGGUGAAGUGGAAAACCCGCCAGUGACCGUUUCAUCCGUUCGUAACGAGGAAUCGCGAUCGCGAGACGAAACAUGAGAAGAGCCAAGGGCAAGCAUAAAUCGUAGCGCCGCGCCUCCUCAGCCGCGACCAAGCCGUCGCUCGAGUGACAUCGACGUACAAAAGCGGGACCGGGAAAUCCGGACCUGGAUCCGUCGGGCGAUCUCGCCAGACUCGAGGAAAAUGUCCACCGUAGCGCCCGCCGGGAACAGUACCGCGGGACCGAACGGGAAUGGUCCGAUUGUACCUGCUCCGGUGUUCGCGUUACCGACGUUGUCCUUUACCGUCGGCCAAGUGGCCACGGUCUGUGAGACCUUAGAGGAGAGCGGGGACAUCGAGAGGCUGGCCAGGUUUCUAUGGAGCCUGCCGGUCGCGCACCCCAACAUCCAGGAACUGAAUCAAAGCGAGGCGGUCCUCAGGGCGCGCGCCAUCGUGGCUUUCCACUCGGGGCAAUAUCGCGAGCUCUACGCGAUCCUGGAGAGGCAUAAGUUCACCAAGGACUCGCACGGUAAGCUGCAAGCUAUGUGGCUGGAGGCGCACUAUCAGGAGGCCGAGAAGCUGCGCGGCAGGCCGCUGGGUCCGGUGGACAAGUACCGCGUUCGGAAAAAAUUCCCGCUGCCGAGGACGAUCUGGGACGGCGAGCAGAAGACGCACUGCUUCAAGGAGAGAACCAGGUCGCUGCUGCGGGAGUGGUAUCUCCAGGACCCCUAUCCGAAUCCGGGCAAGAAGAGAGAGCUGGCGUCCGCGACGGGGCUGACGCCGACGCAGGUUGGGAAUUGGUUCAAGAAUAGGAGGCAAAGGGAUCGCGCUGCUGCGGCGAAGAACAGAAUGCAACAGCAAUCAGGCCCAGGAAACGGAAACACACGGCGCACCCUGAGCCCGGGACCCGGUGGCAGCGAUUCCGAGGAUUCCGAUAUUUCCCUCGGAGGAGCAUCACCAGCGUCACCGAAUGCCUCGCCGCCCCCGAACCAUCAACCAUCCCCGGUGCCGCUUGGACCUCUCGGACCCUUGCCAACUCCUUCCUUAAAUUUCCGUUUCGAUCCUACGCAGCCGCAGUUUCGGUUCGGCCAUACAACGCCUUUCAAGUUUCCGCCGACGGGCUUCCGAUUCGGACCGCACAGUCCGCAGCCUAAUCACCCAACUAUGCCGAGCGGAGGGAUUUUCAGGAUCGCGGAGACCAGCCCUUUCCAGGCUAUAGGGCCCAGGGGUGAUGUAGGAUCGAGAUUACCGGAUCCAUUGGGACUGCCCCCACCGAGGCUCCACCCGCACGAGGGCCUGCUACACCACCCGCACCCCCAGCUGGCCGAUGGGAUAUCCAGGAUAUCCGAGACGUCGCGGCUGUCCGACGGUGGGCUCUCGCGACUGUCGGACAGUUUGUCGGAGGCCCACAGCCCGCCAUUGCUGGCGGCGAACCUCUCGGUCGCGGGUCCCUUGAGGGUGGCUGUGCCCAGCCCUGGCACCCCCUCCUCCCGGGGCAGCCCGCCCCCCCGGCAGCAGACACCUCAGGGUCAACCUCAGAGUCAGGGUCUGAUAAGGGUCGCCACACCACCGCCGCCGCCGCCACCGCCGCCGCCGCCGCUGCCGAAUCCGAGACCGCAGAUUCACAGACCGUUCUCACCCUCGUGAUUCGACGAGAGCGACAGGAGAAGAAACGCCAUCCUUGGGGCAAACGAUGAUGCCGUGUGACGUCGAGGUAAAUCGCAGUCGACGCGCGAUCACGACUUCGAGCGAGCGAGCGGACGUUCGUUCGGAACUAUGCUGCGAAGACACGGGGGUAAUUAUUACCGGACGACAAUCUGGCUUGCGAGUGAAGUCCUCGUGAAUCGAAGGAGAUGGUAACGGCGAUCCGGAGAACGGAGUCGGUCGGUGGAAGUUUCAAGGGCGAAUCGGUCCUCCGUUAACUUCGUGAAGACUGACGCGACGGAGUCAUCGCGCGAGGAUUAGUCGAGGACAGUUGCCCCUCCGCGACGCACCAAUUUGCUUCGUCGAAGAAGAAACUCCAAGUGGUUGGGGAACGGUCGACGCAACGCGCAUGUGAAAACGAAUCAACGACGUGGUAUCGUUAACGAAAGAAUCGCCGCUCGAGAAUACCAAGUGUCAUUACGCUUUAGAUCUUAGGGGAAGCUCUCUCCUCCGCUCGGUGACGUGUGCGUCGAGAAGCAGCUCGCGCAAAGAAACGAUCCCCGAUCGCGAGACGUGCGGGAGGGGAGGGGGGAAGGGGACGGACGGACAGAAUAGACUCUUCGAAAAGUGAGUACAUGUCCAUCGGAUAAGUGCAAUCCUCUCGGCUACGAAGGAGAGAACGGACGGUCAGGGUGUGGUGGUGGUGGUGGUGUGUGUACAUAACUUUUUCUUAGGCGUUUCCGACUCGCCCGCUCGUCGAAAGCCCAAGAACCACGCAUAGCGUAUACAGUGGGAUCCCCAUAGUUUGUAAAUAGCGCCGCUUCUUAGCGUCCUCCCACCCCCGAUGCUCUCUCUCUCUCUCUUUAUCGCGAGCCGUAUCUCCGUGAUCGAUUAAUUAAGCAGCGAACUGUACGCCGACGUUUCGGAGUGCCGAAGAGUGUGGCGAUCGGAUCUACCGCACGAGGCGACGAAACGCGAGAGAACUCCGAGAUGGAAUUUGCCUACGGUACCGGUAUCGAGGAAAACCCGCGAAAAUGACGCGGCGGACAACACGCGCGAUUCUCUCUCCUGCGUUUCUCCAAUCCUUCCCUUUUUUAUUUUUUUUUUUUUAUUGAACGAUAUCGCACAACAGCCACGCGUCGAAGUCGGCAGCAAACGAGAGGAGGACGCGACCGAUUGCGCAAAAGAGUCGCGCGCUAACAGCUGCAGUAAGUAAGGAAGAUAAUCAUCGUAUGGUAUAUUCGACGACGUCGUUGUGUGUGUAAGUUAAUUAUGCAGUUUACAAGUCUGCAUGUUUUUCUUAGAAAAAAGUCAAGUCAAAGUGAAUUCUAUAAUUUUAACUGAGACAGACAACGACAAGGAGAGUCGAACGUUACCUUACCCGAGUAGAAAUUCGGCUCUACAUCAAUCGCGCCAAUUCCGUCGAAUUUAAGGGAUCACGAGAUUCUUCAAUGGUCAAUAUAAAAAUCCGUUCACAUUUGACGCAUUUUUGCGGGAUUAACGUAGAAUGAAAAUUUCGACUCGGGCGGCCCGCGACGUGACCGCUUGCAUUAUUGCCGGGUUUAGCGCGUGAGAAGAAGAGUAUCUCGCGCUUUUCGCCCCUUUCUCUGUAGAUAGACACGUUUAGCAAAAUUCUUGUAUAAUCAGUCCGAAGAUAUAA